GCGCCAUUACAGACAGGCAUCUUGACAGCCAGCCACUUGGGGUCCUCUUCUGAGUGAAUGGAAGCUAAUACAAAAACAAUCACUUUCCUGAAGUCAAGUUGGUUUAGUAACUUUAACCGCGUUUUGGUAACUUACGAACAAUAUUAGAUGCAGGCUAAUGUCCAAUAGAUAACCUACAUGUCUAGUUUCGGAGAACUUUUACCGGUAAAAUAGUUAAAUUAGCCCAACUGGUACUUUUAGCUAGCUUAGCUGAGCGUGUGUUCAUCUUUCCAGUUAAGGAGAUGGAUGUUUAUCCCGGAGUCACUGACGGCGAUGCUACAAAACACCAAGAAAGACAUUACUACCUGUUAUCUGAACUGCAAACCUUAGUCAAGGAGUUACCAAGCUCCUUCCAGCAGCGGCUAUCCUACAACACGCUGGGGGACCUGGCUCUAGCACUCAUCGAUGGGACAGUCUAUGAGAUUGUGCAGGGGCUACUGGAUAUUCAGCACCUCACAGAGAAAAAUCUGUACAACCAAAGGCAAAAGCUGCACUGUGAACACCAAGUACUCAAACAAGAUCUUGUACGAAAACACAAAGAUGCUCUGCAGUCAUGCAAGUCUCACAACCUCACGCUUCUCAAAUCUAACCAACAAGCAGAGAUAGAGCCUCUGGAAAUCCGUGUGCGAGAGGAACAACGAAUGAUGGAUAAGAAGAUUGUAGCAGAAAUGGAUCAAAAAGUGAUAGACCAGCAGAACACCUUGGAGAAAGCAGGAGUCCCUGGAUUCUUUAUCACCACUAAUCCCCAGGAGCUGACGAUGCAGAUGAACCUACUUGAAUUGAUCCUCAAGCUUCAACAGAAGGAGUCGCAAUCUGGAUUUUUUUGAAAGAAAGGAGCCUAACUGUGCCAAAAGAGGCGAGGGGCAAGAACAAAAACAUGCAACAGACCGCGUAUCGCGUGUGGCAUUGUUCUCUUAAACAACAUGUUUAUCACUUGUUGUUAUAGGUGUAAUAUUCACCAUCAAAACCCGUAGGAGACGGCUGGUUCUCGAGCGAACAAGUAAGACGAUUGCAGUCGUGGACGAGAGCAGAUUGUAAAGCACUUAGAUGCAAUGUCACACAUAUUCAGCAGAGCAUUGAGGGAGAGGGCUCUGCCAGAAAUGAAACGGUAGUGGGUCAAUGCGUUGCUCCAAGACACAGAGAUGGCUGUAACUGGGAUUACUGUUGUCACCUUCCUGCAGUGAGUCUCUCCAUGAGUGCCUCUUGAUGCCUUUGACUGUCAGUUUCCGUGUUCUGGUUGUUUUGAACGCUAUUGUAACAUAUUUCCUUCAUUUUGUUUCCCAUGUUUUUUCUACUUUUGCUACUUUAUUUUGUACAAUCUGUUUAUUUUAAUUGUGUUAAUACUAGGGUGGUGGCUAAUGUUUACUGCCCCACACAAAUAAACAAAUAAGUGACGAUGAA